AUGGAGGAGGCCCAAGGUAAUUAUUCUCUCUUCUGGUCUCCGUUCCCCCGCUCUGUAGACCGACAUGCAUUGGCUCUGUGGUCUAUUAUGCUCUUUUCGAUCUUCCGUGCCUCAUCUUCCACCGUCUCUUCUUCUUCUUCUGAUGAAUUUGGAACGGCGGUCCCGGAUUCUUCUCCUCCCCCUUCUCCUUCUUCUUCUUCUGCUGCCUCUAUCGGAUUUUCUGCCUCAUGCCUUCUCUUAUGGGAUCUGAACACAUGAUUGAAUCACCCCGAAUAGUUUCAACACGAUGGUGAAGUGGAGAAUCAGGAAUUUCUGCUCCCCGGCUGGUUUCCAUCUGCCGCGAUUUAUCCUUGCAGAUUGUCGGAAUCGGAACUCUCGCUACAACGCUUGUGCCACUCCCCCCACCCCCCCGACACCCACCCACUCUAAUCGGCCAUUGAUGUUGACGACUUUAAUUUCAUUGUAUCUGGAGUCUUGAUGGCUCACGUCCCAAUCUUGAGCCAAUCCAGAAUUGUAAUCGGGAUCAGGGGAGGAGCUCCCCCUGUGGAACGCUGUCUCAGAUGGGGAAAGUCUGCGGCUCCUCUGAGAUCUCUAGGGUUUCAUGAUUCUCAUCCUUCGGGGGACGACAGUUCCUCGAGCCCCCUUGGGGAGAUGCAACCUGGUGAGGAACAGAAGCCCCUGGACCGGCCUCAGAGUGGAAUGGGGGAGCCGAUCUAUCAUCGAUGAUCUAUCAGACAUCUCGCUGGUGAGGGAGAUCUAUGGGGAAAUGCGCAUCGAAAUCGAAUCAGGGGAUUGAUUACCUUCUAGAUUGAAGAUAAAAUUGUGGGGGUUCGCAUUUCUCUUUCUCUCCUCGACAUCUAUGCAAUCCUGAACCCUCUGCAGUUCAGAUACCAUCAUCAUCAGUCAUGGAGGAUCCCUCUGGCGAAAUCUGAUAUCUCAGGCAUUCAUUUACUCUGGCAUGAUGAAGCAAUCACAAAUUUUCCGACAAGAGGGAGAGGGUGGAUGGAUAGAGAGGGCUUACCUUCUACAUUUUCCUGCUAGAUUCCUUUUUUCCCCCUCCUCAAUCUUGUCAUCAUAUCUCCCGCAUCUUCACAGGACAGGAAUUAAUCUAGUGAAUUUGAUAUAUUUUUCCUCGAAUUUUACCUCCUAGAUUUUCCUUCAAGAUCUUUCUUUUUGUCCUCCUUAAUGUUGUCGUCAUAUCUCCCUGAUCUCUGCUCACGGGGAAUUACUCCAGUGAAUUUUGCUUUGUUUUUCCUCUCUCUGUGUUGCUCAAUGGCUACUCCUGUAUCUGAUCUCUCGCAGUGGUGGAAUCCAAGGACGGAACCAUCUCCGUAGCCUCUGCGUUCCCGGGCCAUCAGGAAGGUAAAUGCCGCCACCGCCCUCAUCUGCCGACCUCCUCCCCCUCUCUAUGGGGGAACAUCAUAGUGAUUGUGGGUGCACCAUUCCCGUGAUGGAUUGCUUGUUCGAUCAGGGCGUUGACCUUGGGUUUGAUUGCCUGGUGCCCAGCUGUGAAGGACAGGGAUCACAAGUUCUUGUCGAGGGCCGUUGAAGAGGCAUACCACGGAGUUGACAUUGGGCAUGGAGGUCCCUUUGGCGCCGUCGUCGUCCGCAACGAUGAGGUAGUCGUGAGCUGCCACAACAUGGUCUUGAAGAACACCGACCCAACUGCCCACGCCGAGGUGACGGCAAUCAGGGAGGUAAGGCAGCUCUGCCUAGAACAGUGUUCAUCCUCUCUGUUUGAUAUUAUUAUUUUCCCCCUUGAUCCAGAAAAUAAAAAACGAAAAUUGAAUGAUGAAUACCCAUGAAAUGGAGCCAUUUUUUUCAUUUAUCUUUUCUUUUCUUCUACCUUGAUCACCGCUAUCAUUGAUUUGUUUGAUUUUCUUUCUUUUGCUUUUCGUGUGAAGGCGUGUAAGAAGCUGGGGCAGAUCGAGCUCUCCGACUGCGAGAUCUAUGCUUCCUGUGAGCCCUGUCCUAUGUGCUUCGGCGCGAUCCACCUCUCCCGGAUCAAGGUGGGCGGCUCUACCGGGCUUAGCUCCAACUUUAAGGGGGGGGAGGGGGGGUCUUUGAUUGAUCUUUGUCCUCAUCCCUGGUCUGGCUUCCACUCGUCCCAUUUCGCAGAGGCUGGUCUACGGAGCGAAGGCGGAAGCGGCCAUUGCCAUCGGCUUCGACGACUUUAUCGCCGACGCCCUCAGGGGCACCGGCUUCUACCAGAAAGCCCACCUGGAGAUCAAGAAAGCUGACGGAACGGGGGCUAUCAUCGCCGAAGAGGUCUUCGAGAAAACCAAGGAGAAGUUUCAGCUCUAUUGA